AUGCCUUUGGGAUGGGAGAGGAUAAACGCCAAAACGUCGGCCCCCAACAAGAAUAUAGUCUUCAUCAAGCCUCUUCCCGGCUCCACCGAAUCGGUGGCGAAAGAUUACCUCGAACGAAUCGCCGCGCAAUGCUUGCCCAUAACUAAUAAGCAUUACCUGGCGGUUGUUAGUUUGGAGGAGUAUGAGCCGAAUCUCGAAUUCUGGGGUAUGUCAAACUUCAUCAGAGCCCAGGAUUUGCUAGCUAAAGAUAUGCAGGUCGGAAUUUCAACAAUGGCGAGGUCAUUCAACUCGUCCUCAGGUCUCCUUCUACGGGAAUGUGGUUACCUUUCAAGUUUGUGCAAAUGGUUAUGAUGCACGAGCUGGCCCACAAUAAGCAGAUGAACCACGGUCCCGGUAUUGUUUUGCAGCAGAAAUCCGGGUCGAGACCUUACACUGACGUAGUCUUCUAGCAUUCUGGAAACUCCGCAACGACUUCGCAGCCGAAAUGAAGGAACUCUGGUCAAAGUCUUACACGGGAGAUGGUCUCUGGGGCCGAGGUAUCCUCCUCGAUAAUGGAGCCUUUGCACAAGAAGGUUUGGCCGAAAAUGAAAUUCUGCCAGAGCAUAUGUGUGGUGGGACCUUCAAAUCGCGCGGAUCCAAAAAACGGAAUGCCCCCAAGCCGAAGAUCACAUACAAGGAACAGAAAGAGAGAAGAAUUAGGAAGAAAUUUGGCGUGAAUGGAAUGACGCUGGGUGCAGAUGAAGAGGUGAAGGUGGAGCUUGAGAAAGGCAAGAAACCUGCUGGCAAACCCAGGGUGGCGAAGAGCAACAGAGGGAGGGAGUUGAGAGCUGCGGCUGCUCUGAAGAGAUUUGAAGUUGCGAAGGAGGAACCGCGAAUCAAGGAUGAAGACUUAGUGACCGACAGUGAGACUGAGAGCGAUGAUGAGGCCCGCAUUAAAGAAGAACCGGGUGAUGCUGUCGAUAUCAACGGCAAGAGACUGGUCGACCGUCGUGGGGGUGGAAUGGUGCGGGUUUGCGAGGAUGAGGAUAAAGAGGACCCUAAUGCACGGAAUGAGCUGAGAGAGCUAGAGGAUAUGAAGGGACCACCCUCGAGUUCGUUGGACUUGAUGGAUAUUCCAUUUUAUAAGCCUCCUCCUAAGAUGCCCACAUCGCAAGCAUCGAAAGCGACCAAACCAUCUUCCUCAAGUUUAAAGUCUUCCACUACGACAACAUCCAAGCAGCCCCAACCUUCUAAACCGCCCGCGAAACUCGGUAUUUCCUCAUCCUCCUCCGUGGAAACCAAUAAGCUUGCUCCUCCAUCUCUACCGCAACCAACAAAACAAGCACCACCCGAUUCAGCGUGCCCAAUAUGUACAUCCUCAAACCUACCAUCUGCACUGACCUGCAACAUGUGCUCCCAUGUCCUUAAGCCAGACUUUGUUCCCAAUACUUGGAGUUGCAAAUCCGAGGCGUGUCGCGACGGAGAAUACCUUAAUGCAGGAGAUGUUGGUAUUUGUGGUGUUUGUGGUGUUUUUGGAACUCGGAAGGAUACUUGA